AUGGCAGCAUUAUAUACAAUUGAGUUUCAAAAGAGAGGGUUGCCCCAUGCGCAUAUUCUGUUAUUCUUACAUCCAGAUGAUAAGUGCACUACACCAAGAGAUGUUGAUCGAAUCAUUUCAGCCGAACUGCCAGAUAAGAAUACUGAUCCAAUAGCUUAUGAAGCAGUUUUACAAUUUAUGACACACGGACCAUGUGGACCAGCUAAUACAAGGUCACCGUGUAUGGAAAAUGGAAAGUGCAGUAAACAUUAUCCCAAAUAUUUUCAGACCGAAACAAUAAUUGAUGAAAAAGGUUUUCCAGUGUAUAGGAGAAGGGACAAUGGACGAGAAGGUAUUAAAGCUGGUGUGAAAAUUGAUAAUCGAUGGAUCGUUCCUCAUAAUGUUGAUUUGGUUGUCAAAUAUUGGGGACAUGUUUGUGUUGAAUUGUGCAAUCAAAGCAGGUCUAUAAAAUAUUUAUUCAAAUAUGUGAAUAAAGGAUAUGAUAGAGCCACUUUUGUCAUUGAGGAAAAUGAUGCAACUGAUGGACAGAGUGGAACACGAGUUGUUCGUGAACCAGUGCUAUUUGGUGAUAAUGAUCCUUUGGAUGAAGUAUUAAACAGAGCAGAAGAACAUAGUACAAUGUUCAUUGAAUGGAUGAAAACGAAUUCCAUAGAUACAUCUGCUCAACAGUUGACUUAUGCAGAUUUUCCUACACAAUGGACAUGGAAAAAGAAGCUGAGAAAAUGGGUUAAACGGAAGUCUGGUCGAUCAAUAGGUAGAAUUUUUUAUGCUCAUCCUUCAACUGGAGAAAGAUUCUACUUACGCAUGUUAUUGAACAUUGUCAAAGGUCCAAGAUCAUUUGAGGAGAUUAGGACAAUUAACGGAGUCGUGCAUCCAACGUUUAAAGCGGCAUGUCAAGCGUUGGGAUUAUUGGGUGGUGAUGAAGAAUGGCAUAAUGCUAUAAGAGAAGCAGCAAAUUGGCAAACAGGUCAGCAAUUACGUGAAUUAUUUGUGACCAUGUUAUUAUUUUGUGAGGUAUCUAAUCCAUUAGAUUUAUGGGAGAAAAAUUGGGAAUUUCUUUCUGAUGACAUAUCCUAUCGACAACGUCGUAUACUCGGAGAUAAUUUUAUAUCUUUCAGUGAUUCCCAAAUAAAGAAUUAUGCACUUUAUGAAAUUGAAAAAAUUCUCAAUCGAAAUAGUAGAAGUUUGAAAGAAUUUCCUGGAAUCCCAUUUCCUGAUAUGCUAUUGGAUAAUGAUAAUCGAAAUCGGUUUAUUAUUGAGGAAUUGAAUUAUAAUAGGGAAAUUCUUGCACAAGAACACUUUCAACUACGAAGUGGGUUGAAUGAGCAACAGCUACAAGUGUAUAAUGCAGUCAUUCAUGCUGUUGAUUAUGGUCUCGGUGGUCUCUUUUUUGUUUAUGGUAGUGGAGGAACAGGAAAGACUUAUUUGUGGAGAACUAUAAUUGCUCGAUUACGUUCACAAGGCAAAAUAGUUUUGGUGGUAGCAUCUUCUGGUAUAGCUUCUCUAUUGCUGCCUGGUGGAAGGACAGCUCAUUCGAGAUUUAAAAUUCCUAUAAUUAUAGACGGUGAUUCUACUUGCGCAAUAUCACAGGGAUCACAAUUGGCUGAGUUAAUUUGUAAGGCAUCAUUGAUUAUUUGGGAUGAAGCUGUAAUGUUACAUCGAAAUAUUUUUGAAGCGGUUGAUAGAACAUUUAGGGAUAUCUUACGCUUUCAUGAUCCUGACUCUGCGCACAAAGUUUUUGGUGGCAAAACUAUGUUACUUGGUGGUGAUUUCAGGCAAAUUCUUCCUGUUGUACCCAAAGGGGUAGAACUGAAAUUGUUGCUUCAUCAAUUAAUCGAUCUUCUUUGCUUUGGGGUCAUUGUCAUUUAUAUCUAUUAUCUUUGA